AUGGCGGAGUACUUGGAGCAAAAUAUCGAAGAUGUGAAAAACUAUGUUCAAAAGAAUUAUACUUAUCGACAGAUCAGCGACAUUUUAAAGCAGCAUUUUCCUGAGGUUAGUCGAGGUUUCUCGGAGAGAAACAUUCGGUUAUUCUGUUUAAAGCGUGGAAUAAGGAAAGUAGACAAUUUUGAAGUGGACACCAUUAUUCAACAGUCUAUCAGUGAGGUAUUGUGUGCUGUAACUGAUUAUCACAAACAGAUACGCAUACGCAUAGCGUUGGGCAAUAUUGCGAAGGCAAAAGAGCUUAACAUUCAUAAUAUUAUAACCGAAACCGAGAAAUAG